ACUCAGACUGCGUUGUUAUUUACUUUGACAGCAGCCAUUUCUUCUCCCAACUGAAGCAAUUGAAAUAACCUCCUCCCUGCAGGUUCUUUACAGCCUUGGAGAAGGACUGUACCUGACCAGCACCUGACAGGCUGAGGAAAUGGAGAUGGAAGGAAAUGCUGCUCAACCCCUUACCUGUAGUAAUGACGCUGAAAGGGUUGACCCCUACGGCUUUGAAAGGCAUCACGAUUUUGAACCUUACAAGGAGAUGAUGAACGAAUAUGUAGCCGUCCUCAACAGGAGAUCGAUGAGAUGGUCCAAACUCCUACAAGAGAAACCACAUGUUGAGAAGAACCUGACAGUGAAAAGGUAUGUGCGUAAAGGUGUGCCUAAUGAGCAUCGAGCCAGGAUAUGGAUGGCAGCCAGUGGAGCACAGAAACAACUGCAGAGCAACCCGGGUUAUUACCAAUCUCUGCUGGCCAUGGAGCAUGACAGCAUGCUGAAGGACACCAUUCAGACAGACAUGCACCGGACGUUUCCUGACAAUGUCCUCUUCAGAAGCAAAGCAGAGCCGAGUCUGCAGAAAGCUCUUUUCAAUGUGCUGCUGGCCUAUGGACAUCAUAACAAGGCAGUGGGUUACUGUCAGGGUAUGAACUUCAUUGCUGGCUACCUCAUCAUCAUUACCAAAGAUGAAGAAAAAUCCUUCUGGCUGAUGGAUGCGUUGUUGGUCAGAAUGCUCCCAGACUACUACAGCCCGGCCAUGUUGGGCUUGAAGACCGACCAGGAGGUUCUUGGCGAGCUGGUGAAGACUAAAUGUCCUGCAGUGGGACAGCUAAUGGCCCAGUAUCCUGGCAUAUGGACACUGGUGGUGUCACGUUGGUUCAUUUGCCUCUAUAUUGACAUACUACCUAUUGAGACCGUCUUGCGGGUCUGGGAUUGUCUUUUCUAUGAGGGCUCUAAAGUUCUCUUCCGGGUUGCUCUGACUCUCAUCAUCCACCAUCAGCAGGAGAUAUUAAGAGCUCGCUCUUUGAUGGAUGUGUGGGAGUGCUUCAAACAAAUAACCAGUGGAGCUUUCACUCUGGACUGUCACAAUUUCAUGCAGAAAAUCUUUGCAGAACCUGGAAGCCUGUCUAUGGCAACGAUUGAUAAACUGAGAGAGAAAUGCAGACAACGAAUACUGGAGGAAGAAUCUGGACAGCCGUAACUAUAACGCAGACAUCUUUCAUUCAGUAUGAGAAUAAAAAACUGUAUUAUCAGGGGGAAAAAUUAACAAUCACCAUAGGUACUUAAAUGCCUUUUCUUUGCUUCUUUUGUAAAUCACUAUAUUACACUUUAAUCCAGUCGAGAGGGAAACUAAAGGAUGUGCUAAAGAGUGUCAGCUGAUGAUGAACAUUUCUGCUGCUAAAAAAACUUUAAUACAGUCAACUGAAUCUGACAGGUUUUCAUUAUUGCACUUUAGUAAUAUUUCAUCGCAUAAGUAGUGUGGGAGUGAGAGUAUUUUGUUUAUUUCUGAGGAGAAUGAGGGAAUUCAUAUUGUUUACAUUGAAACACUGUUCAACCGUUCAUUUCAAAGUUAGAAGUUUAGCAUUUUGUGUGGGAGCUGCCGUUCUUAUUAUUUCUGAUUUGUUAAAGAAAAUCUAACAAGUGGUCCAAUUGUUUUUCCAGAUAAAGGUGAGGAUAAGUAGAAAAGACUGAGUGAGAUUAUUUUAAGACACCAACAGUUUAUCCAGGAAGUCCCUGAACCUGAGGGUUUUAUAAGUUUAAAAUCCUUUAAGACCGCUGAGUCCCAGAAAGACUGAACUGUAGAACGUAGAUUUUGGACGAUGUGUAUUCAAAAGAUGUGUGCUGUAAAUAAAUAAGUCCAUAAUUAUGUGUAAUAUGAUAAUUACAAAUUAACAAACACAUGUAAGACAUGAUUAUUAUAUAAAUAAAGAGCUCAUAUUUUAACCUUA